ACAAUCGUGUGGCAAAGAAUUCAGAUAGACCCUCCCCUUCCCAAAUCCUCCUUUUCUCCUACUCCAAUCACUACACACUACUCACUAACCCCAAAUAUACACAACACACAGAGCGAGCGUAACUGAUCCUCCAAAUUACCCUCGCGAUGGCCACAAUGAUCAUGGCAUCCUCCAAACCCAUAAUUCGAGUUCCCACAAUUUCCCUUUCCCCUCCUACACCUAAACUCCCCAUGCUCCAAAUCUCACUCCCAACCAUCAACCCCAAACUCAAACUCCAAAUCUCAAAGCUCAAAUCAAUAACCCUAGCCGCAACAUCGCUCUCCUUAGCCUUCGCACCACCCUCCCUCGCUAUCGAAAAAGCCGCUCUCUUCGAUUUCAAUUUAACCCUCCCAAUCAUAAUGGUAGAAUUCCUUCUCCUCAUGGUCGCUCUCGACAAAUUAUACUUCACUCCUCUCGGUAACUUCAUGGACGGUAGAGACGCAUCCAUCAGAGAGAAACUUAACAGCGUUAAGGACACGUCGGAUGAGGUUAAACAGUUGGAGGAACAGGCGAAUGCGGUUUUGAAAGCAGCACGUGCUGAAAUAUCGGCGGCUUUGAAUCAGAUGAAGAAGGAGACACAGGUUGAAGUGGAAGAGAAGAUUGCGGAGGGAAGGAAGAAAGUGGAUGCUGAAUUGCAAGAGGCUCUUGCUAAUUUGGAAAAGCAAAAGGAAGAAACGGUUAAGUCUCUUGAUUCUCAGAUUGCUGCUCUUAGCCAGGAUAUUGUUAAUAAGGUUCUUCCUACUGCUUAGUACUUUCUAUCAUUAUAUAUCAUUUCAAUCUACUACCAAUGGAUCCAUUGUAAUUUUAUCAAUAUUUCAAAUGUUCUCUUCUGUUCUGUGUAUCUAUAAUCUCAAAAUCAUGUAUUGAUUAUUUACAAUUUAUGGAUAAAAUUUGAGUGGUUCGUUGUGUUUUUUC